AUGAAUUCUAUAGCCAAGCGGUUCACAAAUGCCAACAACAACGACAUCUUGAAUGAGGUCAAUUCGAUACACCAAGCACGGACAUCUCAACAGCAAUUGAACCUAGCUCCGACCAUCGCUGUCCCGCCAAUCUCACAACCCACUGAUUUUCUUAGGGCACAUACUGAUGAUGCUUCGAAUCCAGAUUGUAAAAUUAAAAUUGCACACGGUACCACAACACUUGCGUUUCGUUUCCAAGGUGGUAUAAUCGUUGCCGUCGAUUCGCGAGCUACUGCUGGUAACUGGAUUGCGUCACAAACAGUAAACAAAGUCAUUCGAAUCAACCCAAUGCUUCUUGGUACUAUGGCUGGUGGUGCUGCUGAUUGUCAGUACUGGGAAACAUGGCUCGGAACUCAAUGUAGAUUGCACGAAUUGAGGGAGAAGGAGCGUAUUUCUGUUGCAGCAGCAUCAAAGAUCUUGAGUAACUUGGUUUAUUCUUACAAGGGGAUGGGUUUAAGUAUGGGAACAAUGAUUUGUGGCCAUACAAAGAAGGAAGGACCAACUAUAUAUUACGUUGAUUCCGAUGGAACAAGGUUGAAAGGCGAUUUGUUCUGUGUUGGAUCAGGUCAGACGUUUGCGUAUGGUGUAUUGGACUCGCAAUACAAAUGGGAUUUGACGGUGGAAGAGGCGUUGUAUUUGGGAAAGAGAAGUAUUUUGGCAGCAACUCAUAGGGAUGCAUACUCCGGUGGUUCUAUAAACUUGUACCAUGUCAAUGAAGAAGGAUGGACAUACCAUGGAAACUUUAAUGUUGGUGAGUUGUUUUGGGAAGUGAAGGAAAAGGAGCAAUCAUUUGUAAAUGUUGACGGUUGA